UUAAAACCAUCCUGUUCAUUUUUCAUAAAUUUGAUAAGAGUUAUCAAUUAUCAUUUCAAAUAUAAACUUAUUCAUACAGAAGCAGUUAUACUGGUUACUGCAGUCGUUGUGAUUUAUACGUUUACUCUUUCUGGUUAGCAUGUUUCUCAUUUACUUAAAUAUUCUAGUCCUAAUCACAAAACAUACACUAGGUGUGUGCACAGUCGAUAAUGUGAGGGAUUCUCAAGGAGAAAUUAGCAUAAACCAGAAAUACAUUUAUUGUCGGUUUGAAAAUAUAUCUUCAAAUUUUUACCCAAAAAUUAAGUCGUUUUUUGACUAUUACAACAGCGACAGGUUAGAAUGGUUGGAAAUCAGUAACACCGACAAUCGUAUUUUGUCCUCAGUGGCUUUGGGGCGUCUUCCUGUGCAUGAUUUAAGAAUACAUGAUGCAAAUAUUCACGAAAUUCAACCCAACGCUUUUUCAGAAGUUAAAAAUCAAAUAACAAGGCUAUCAUUAAAAAAUAACAAACUUUCGACUGUAGAAGAUUAUUAUUUUGAGGAUUUGAGCUUGACAGACUUGGAUUUAAGUUUUAAUAACAUUACUAGUAUACAUGAAGACAGUUUUCUAAAUAGUGCUAGAAAUUUGGAAACGUUAAUUUUAAAAAAUAAUUUUCUUUCGGAAUUACCGCCACGUUUAUUUCAACAUAACCAUUAUUGGCGUCUAACCCAUUUAGAUAUAUCGUUUAACAAACUUGUUACUUUCCACGACCAGAUAUUUUUUAGUUUACAAUCACUAGUUGAACUACGUAUGAACAAUAAUGAUUUAAAGUACUUGGACGAAAACAUAUUCAGUACAAAUAGAAAAUUGAAUUAUUUAUACAUUAACGACAAUAAAUUGCACAGUUUCGAUAAUUUAAAUUUAGCAACUUCAAUUAUUCGUCUCAUUAAUGCCAGUCAUAAUGCAAUUCAUUUUUUAAACUUUUCAAAUAACGUCGAUAUUGAAACGUUAGACUUAAGUUCCAAUGGUAUAAACAAAAAUUUUUCACUUGCUAACGCAACAAUAAGUCAUUUACUUUUAGAUAAUAACAAUUUGGAAUCAACACAUGACACUUUCUUUACUUAUUUCCCAUCACUAUCGGAUGUUUCACUAGCCAAUAAUAAAUUAAAACAAUUAAACCCUAAUCUAUUUAACAAUAUUAAACGACUAACGAAACUAAACCUUGCGAAAAAUUAUUUACGCAGCAAUGAUCUCUCAAACGUACCUAAAUUACUAAACGACUUACGGCUUAGUUCUAACAAUUUAACAGAAAUUACGUUUCAAUCUUUACAUGGGUUCAAACAUCUACAAGUCCUUCACUUAGACCACAAUCAAAUUCGGAAAAUUGCUUUGGGAUCGUUUAAGGAUUUAAACCAGUUGACUGAACUUUAUUUGUCAAGUAAUAAAUUUACUGUUUUAGACAUGGGCGUUUUUGUCGGGCUUAAUUCUUUAAAAUACUUAGAUUUAUCAUACAAUGACUUACACCAAAUCAGUGGUAACAUUUUCUACAAUUUACGAGCGUUAAAAGUCGUUAAUUUCAGCAAAACUAAAGUUAAAUACAGUAACUUGGAAGAAAUUUUGAUACAUUUGCCAAAUGUUGAACAAGUUGGUUUAGCUGAUAAUGACUGGGCUUGUUCACGUAUAGUUAACAUAAUUCACAAGUUUGGUAAAAAAGUUAUAGAUGUGGGGGAUUACAAUAUAACUAAUGUUGAAGGUGUGGCUUGUCAUUACGAGGAAAUUGUAGCAAAGAAUUCAGUAAGUUUAAAUCGUUCGGAAACAACAAUAAAUAUUGAUAGAGUUGUUUCUAAGUUUGACACGAUUGUAGUAUUACUGAUUUUUCUUAACGUCAUGUUCGGCUUUAUUCUCCUUUUAACUGGUAUUUAUUUAAGUUUCAAAUUUAUUUCAUUUAUAUCUAAAAGCAAUACUCGUAAUAACUACUCAAUAACAAACUAUGACCAAGAACUAGAGCUGUAAGCUAUAUUUUUAUUAAUUUUUGUAUUUGAAAUAAAUGUAUUUUAUGAGAAA